CGAGAGCUCAUUUUCAAUAUUUCUUUAUUUUCUACAAGUCGAGUUAAUAAACUGCACGUGCACAGGCUGCCAAUGGAAUCUUUGCUGUUGCUUUCAACCUCGGAACGUGUCCAGGUCUGAUGGAUGACCUUCUCAUUUAGCGUUGAAGGGGGAAAAAGCUCAGGUUAGGAACACAUCUGUAUGGGUUCUGGAGUAAGAAAUAACUGGUCUAGUGGCGGCUGGCAGCAGCGUGGAGACUCAGGAGAGAGGGAGGCAGUGCUCCAGGCGCUCAGUGUGCCCCGCGCCGUGUAGUGUUUCACGUUGCGUGCGUUCCGUAGAGCCGUCUUGCUGUCAGAGACCAACUCACGCAAAGCAGCGUCGGGGUUACUUUUAGUUGACUAGAUAAAAAGGCACCACUUCAUCAGACAAACCCGAUGAAAAGUACUGUGACGUCAAGUGAAUAGCACAACUGGUGAAUGUUGAUGUAACUAUGAUGAAAUACGAGUACAAGCAACAGUCCACAGAUUAGAAAAAAAUACCAUACUCGCAUUACCAGAUUUCAGCGGCACGUGCCAACAGUUCGCUCCCCCACUUACUCGCUCGCUCGGAAGCAGUUAUUGUGAUAUGAGGGUGAGGAAGUGAGCAGCAGUCCACGCAUUGCUCAGAUCCUCGCCGUCUGCAUUCCUAGGUGCGGUUGAUACGUAUCCUGGAGUGCGGCAGCCGUCACAGGAGGGCACAGCAUCCACAGGACAUCGGAGGAGUGCCGCGUCCAGCCCUCGUGUCUGUACCGGUCUCAAAGUUGGUCAGUGUCUCGAUGGUCACCUGAAAAUUACAGCCAUCUGGAAAAGCGCCCAGAUUGCCCUAAUGGUCCAAACGUCAUUGUGACGCUUUGAAGUUCUGGGAUUACCCGUGAUUUCCUGAGCGACCUAAAUUAUCCGCCCAUUCCCUCGUCGAUCAGCGUCACCAGCUCAGCGAGGCGGCGCGGCGGGUCGUCAUGAGGCGCCUGCUGAUGGUGGUGGCGGCGAUGCUGGCGGGCUCGGCCACCUGUCUGGGCAUUAAGAGAAUCCCCGUGGUGGAGGUCUCAGGGCUUCGCGGCGGGACGGUCGAGCUGCCCUGUGACGUGUCCCACCCUCCUAACGACGAGGUCCUCCUUCUGCUAUGGUUCCGGGACCCCCUCACCACCCCAAUCUUCAGGGUGGACGAGCGGCGAGGGGAGAAGGCGCGAUGGUGGGACGAGCAGGUGUUGGGGUCCCGAGCGCGGCUACAGGUUGGGGCGGUGACGGCUGUUCUAACCCUGGCCGCCCUUAACCCCGCCGACCAGGGACUUUACACCUGCCGGGUCGACUUCCGCCUGCAGGCCACCAAGACCACCCGCAUUAGCCUCGCCCUCGUGGUUCCCCCAGAGAGCGUGAGUGUGGUGGAGGGCGCAGGGGAGGCAGCGACGCCACGGAUCACCUCCAGCAGCGUGGUGGGGCCCUACCUGAGCGGCGAGACGGUCAUCCUCACCUGCACCGCUCAGGGAGGCCGCCCACCGCCGAAGAUACUUUGGUUGGGGAACGGGCGUCUCCUCGACUCUCUCAUGGAGUCCCAGGCUUCAGGAAGCACCAGCGAGCCUCUCAGCCUCCCUGAAGGACUGACGCUUGGUCCUGAAACCCUCAUUACUCCCAAGCCACCGUCACCACACUCCAACAUACUCCCUUCAAGGUCACACAUACGACUAUCAGACGAGGCAGAAGCUUUCAGCACAUCUACUCUCCAGCCCUCCACGCCUCUCCGGCCGUCAUCAGUGCACCGAGGGGAGCCGUACAACACCCUCACGCUGGGCCCCAUCACCCGCGCCCAUCUCAACAUGCGGCUCACCUGCCAGGCCGUCAACUCCAACCUCACGCAGCCCGCCUCCCUCACUCUCACCCUCGACAUGAAUCUGCCGCCCCUGAAUGUUCAGAUCCAACCGCCCGAGCCGUGGCCCCUCACAGCAGGGCGGGAGUACCUCGUGCUGUGUGUGGUGACUGGCGCGCGCCCUCCACCGACCGUCACCUGGUGGUUCGGUCAUCAGAGAGUCCUGCAGUCUUCCCUUGAGACAUCAGAGGACGGAAAUGUGACUAGCAGCACUGUGACUCUACUGCCGCAGCCUGAGGACGAUGGCUCCUACCUACAGUGUGUGGCAGAGACGCACGCCGCACCCGCCACCCUGGAGGACACCUGGGGGCUGACUGUCCACUACGUACCCAAGGCAUCUGCCAGGUUCGGGUCCUCACUCAACGCCCAUAACAUCAAGGAGGGUGACGACGUAUAUUUCGAGUGCUCCAUAAAGGCCAACCCUCGAGCCACCGUGGUGUCCUGGAGCCACAAUAGCAACGAGCUGGUGCACAACGUGUCUGCCGGGGUGAUCAUCAGCAACCAGAGUCUCGUGAUGCAGCGGGUGGCGAGGGCCCAGGCUGGCCACUAUGCCUGCCACGCGCGCAAUGUGGUGGGCCUUGGCACCUCCAACACCCUCACGCUGGAUGUCAAGUAUGCCCCUGUAUGCUCGCCGGGCCAAAUCACCACUUAUGCCGUGGCCCGCUACGAGGACGCCGAGGUGAGCUGCUCCGUGGACGCGAAUCCUGAGCAGCACACCUUCCGCUGGACGUUCAACAACACCGCAGACACCAUUGACGUUCCGGGCAGCCACUUCAGCACCUCCAGCGGCCACAGCGUCAUCACUUACACGCCCAUGACGGAGCUGGACUACGGCACGCUGCUCUGCUGGUCCACUAACGACAUCGGCAGCCAGAGGGAGCCCUGCGUCUUCCACAUCGUUCCGGCAGGCAAGCCCGAGCCACCUGGAAACUGUUCGGUGUUCGACGGCACAAGGACCUCAGUGCGGGUGCGGUGCGCGGCGGGGAGCAGCGGAGGUCUCCAGCAGACAUUCACGCUGCACGCCAGUCUGCAGGGAAGCCUCCACGUCCUCAACCUGACGGCGGACUCCACUCCAGACUUUCUAGUAGGCGGGCUGCAGGAGGGGGGCCAGUACCAGCUGGAGGUGCGGGCGGUAAAUGAGCGAGGCCGCAGCACUGCCGCCCAUCUCACUCUCACCAGCGCGCCUAACGGCUCUGCUUACCAUCUGCACGACGGGCCCUUGGAGGCGGAGGUGCGCGAUGGUGGACAGACAGCGGCCGGCCCGAGUACAGGCACGACGGGCAUCAGCAGCAGCAGUGGCAGCGGGAACUCUAGCCUGGACGCCCUUCAGCUGCCUAACUUUAUUCUGGGCGUAUUGGGCGCGGGGUCUGGCCUGCUGCUGCUUCUUAUCCUCCUCCUGCUGCUUCUCACGCUCCGCCACAAAAGGCUUCUGCCGCCUCGCCUUCAGGCAGAGCGUCAGCUCCACGUCAGAAGGGAGACAGAGACGAGGUGUGGCCCGGAGUCUCUGCCCACGACGCCUGACCAUGACACCACCUGUCUAGAGAGAGACUUGCAGGUGGAGGCUGAGAGCGACGCAGACCCCGAUGUAAUCCCACUGCAGACCUCCUGCCGCGGCUGUGAGAUGGAAGCGGCCCCCGCGGCGACGCUCUUACCACCUCACCGAUACUCCUACGCUGCCCUGCCCUCCACGAUGAGUAGCCCCAAGUACAGCGGGAUGGGGGCGCCGCCGUGCAGCCAGGGAGGUGAGUGUCCAGCACAGCAGCAGAGGCCUCACCCCGUCCACCACCAGCAGCACCCCUGUCUCCACGACCCUUCGUUAUCCUCCACACUGCCUAGGCGGAGUCCUCUCGCCCCUGCUGCUCUCCAGAGUCGCUGUGCUUCCAUUAUUAACCUGCCACAGCUGCCUUUCCUGGCCGUGGAGGCGGUGGGGCCCCCGCCCAGGCAGUACCUUGCCACUGAUAAAAAGCGAGUGUCUUUCGCAAGUCCACCAAACUUUGAGGAAGACGCUCCCAGUACGCCGCUGCUCAGGAAGGGCGACUCCUCCGUGUGACGAAAAAUUUCACGAGUUAGUGUACCGAGUGGUGGCGCUAAUCCUUCCAGGCCUGAGAAACUGUGAAGUUCAGGGUGGCGACACGCUUCGUGUAACAAUCUGCGUUAUGACGUGAACGCUGCAGUGGCCACGUGAAAAUGUGUGCACGAGUCACCGGGUACGUCCCUCCGAAUAAACUUACUUGGAAUGUUUUAAAUCGACAAUAAGUUGGUGAAGUGGUUGCUCUGCAGCAGAUCCUCCACAUGGACCAGCCCAAUCACCGCCGUGCCUUUCCCCUCGUACUGACUUCCUAUAUCAGUGUUCGUGUGUCUGUGUCUUUUUAU